AUGUUCUUCAUCAAAGCUAGUCUCUACACUGUUCUCGUUGCUUUCUUCACGAUUGCUGUCGCUCAGGAUACUGAGGCCGUAAAGGCCGGUGGUUUAGGAUCGCAAUGCGGUACUAUUGCGGGAACGACUCCGUGUCAUUAUGGCCUGACAUGUUGCUACCUUUCCACGGAUAACGGGGUGUAA